AGUUACUGCUCCUAGACUAUCAAAACUGACAUCGAUUUCCAUGCCUAUAUCUGCCUCCUGGCCCUUGAAAAAGGUCCUGGAGACGCCCCUUCAAAAAGGCAAGAAUGCUCCAGGGGGAGAAAUCAAGAGAGCAACACCUACGUCCUUGCACACGUCUCUCAAUCUGGGGGAGGCAAAUUCUUCUGCUUCUUUUGCUACAACUAGAAAGUCUUUCAUAAUGGAGAAGAUGGGGGAUAAGGACAUUGUUAAGCGAGCAUUCAGGUCAUUUCAGAACAAUAUCAAUGAUUUAAGGUCUCCAAGUGAUACGAAAUAUAGCACAUCGAAGCAGGUGUCAUCUGCUGCAUCUGAGCAGAAGGUUUCUUCUCUCACCCCCCGGAAGGAGAACAAAGGACCGAGGAAGUCUGCAGAAGAGACAGUUACUCAAAUGGCUCGAUCUGGAACUAGAUCGAUGUCUGAGUCCUCAAGGUUUCAUAAAGAUUCUGGUCUUGAUAGGAAAAACGCAACAGCCGUCUCCCACUCUAUUGGCUUGAGAAAUGAUGAAAGAGCUGAAAAGAGAAAAGAGUUUCUAAAGAAUUUGGAAGCAAAAUCAAUUGCCCGAGAGACUGAAUGUGCACAACCUAGUGCGAAGACGAAGGAGGAACAGGGAGCUGAGAUAAGAAAAAUGAGACAAAAUCUCAACUUCAAGGCCACACCUAUGCCGUCUUUUUAUCGGGUUCAAGGGAAAGGUCAUUCCAGAACGGAUGUCGCAGACAAUAAGAUCCAUCCUCGACCAACUUCUAGUAGAUGAGAAAUUAUUUUUUCCCAUUCCAUGAGGGAAAAAUGCAUCCUUCGUCAUAGAAUAUUGAUGGCACACAGUUGUUGGAGUGUGAGUUGCACAUAUGACGAGAACAAGCUUCUCCACCAGCAGCAAGAUUGGCUUAUGAGAUGCGGGAUUUUGUCUCCUGUAUUAGAAAUCCAUAAAUCCCGUGGAGGAGAUGAAAAGAGUAUGGCUGUAGUUAGUUUAGAAGAACUUGUAUAUACAAAAAGUUCACAUGUCUGUGUGUACGCGCAGAUGGAUAGUUUUCUAAUAGCCAGGGAGACAGUAAGAGUAUUGCACACUACACACGCCUUAGAAAUUUGUUUGUUUAGGAAAUAGAAAACUUCGUGCAUACCUUUGAACUUUUCGAAUGGAUAUUGUAUUGCAUUGUAUGCGUUGAAGAUUUCUGUUUAUCGUCUUGAAAAUGCAAUCUUUCGAUCUU